AUGGCUAUGAACAAAAUCCGCGGCGCCUUUGCGGUGCCUCGGAAAGGAGAGACGUUUGAAUUGCGAGCUGGCCUUGUCUCCCAGUAUGCCUAUGAACGGAAAGAGUCUAUCCAGAAGACAAUUAUGGCCAUGACUCUAGGCAAGGACGUCUCGGCUCUUUUCCCCGAUGUCCUGAAGAACAUUGCAACCGCCGAUUUGGAGCAGAAGAAGCUGGUUUACCUUUACCUCAUGAACUACGCCAAAUCACACCCUGACCUUUGCAUUCUCGCUGUCAACACAUUCGUACAGGACUCGGAAGAUCCUAACCCGCUAGUUCGAGCCCUCGCCAUUCGCACAAUGGGUUGUAUUCGAGUGGAGAAGAUGGUGGACUACAUGGAGGAACCGCUGCGCAAGACCCUUCGCGACGAAUCGCCGUAUGUCCGCAAAACCGCCGCGAUCUGUGUCGCCAAGCUUUUCGAUCUGAACCCCAGCAUGUGCCUUGAGAACGGAUUCUUGGAGAUGCUGCAGGAGAUGAUUGGUGAUCCCAACCCGAUGGUGGUGGCCAACUCGGUGACCGCACUUGCGGAAAUCCACCACUCAGCCGUUGAACUUGGAGCUCUUCAGAUCACAACCAACACACUACGAAAGAUGCUUAUGGCAUUGAAUGAGUGCACGGAAUGGGGUCGCGUUACCAUCCUCUCGACCCUAGCCGAGUACCGGGCAGCUGAUGUGAAGGAGUCGGAGCACAUUUGCGAGCGAGUCGCGCCUCAGUUCCAGCAUGUGAACGCAAGUGUGGUUCUUGCGGCAGUCAAGGUUGUGUUCCUGCACAUGAAGUAUGUCGGCCCGGAGCUGGGAAAGACAUAUCUCAAGAAGAUGGCCCCUCCUCUGGUGACAUUGGUUUCUUCCGAACCCGAGGUGCAAUAUGUUGCGUUGAGAAACAUCGAUCUUUUGCUCCAGAAGCAGCCGGAUAUUUUGAACAAGGAAUUGCGCGUAUUCUUCUGCAAAUACAAUGACCCACCAUAUGUCAAAUUCCAAAAAUUGGAGAUUAUGGUGCGGAUAGCAAACGAUCGCAAUGUCGACCAGCUCCUGGCAGAGUUGAAAGAAUACGCCAUGGAAGUCGACAUGGACUUUGUGCGACGCGCCGUCAAGGCGAUCGGCCAGGUUGCAAUCAAGAUCGAGAGCGCCAGUGAAAAGUGCGUGAACACGCUAUUGGAUUUAAUCAACUUGAAGGUCAACUAUGUCGUUCAGGAGGCCAUUGUCGUCAUCAGGGAUAUCUUCCGAAAGUACCCUGGUUACGAGGGCAUUAUCCCGACCCUGUGCCAGUGCAUUGAUGAGUUGGAUGAGCCCAAUGCCCGAGCAGCCUUGAUCUGGAUCGUUGGCGAGUAUGCCGAGAAGAUCAGCAACGCAGGUGAUAUCUUGGGUAGCUUUGUGGAUGGAUUCAACGAAGAGUUCUCUCAGACUCAACUACAAAUCCUUACUGCAGUCGUCAAGCUCUUCCUUAAGCGGCCCGAGAAGGCCCAGGGAUUGGUGCAGCGUGUUCUUCAGGCUGCCACCGCUGAGAACGAUAAUCCAGAUGUCCGUGACAGAGCCUAUAUUUACUGGCGUCUCCUGUCCAACACCAGUGACCAGAACGCCACCAAAAGUAUUGUUCUUUCCGACAAGCCACCUAUUGUCACUACCAUCCACUCAUUACCGCCCGCUCUCCUCGAACAGCUCCUCCAGGAGCUUUCUACUCUAUCAUCUGUGUACCACAAGCCCCCAGAGCAAUUUGUUGGACAAGGUCGCUUCGGUGCGGAUGCCGUUCAGCGAGCCGCUAUCGAGGAACAACUCCAAAACGCUCGCGAGAACCCACUGGCAGCCGCAGCCGCAGCGGCUGUCAGUGGCACAACUCCUUCUGCGCAGGCGCAAAACAACGUCGAGAACCUGCUGGACAUUGAUUUCGACGGUGGUGCCCCGGCAUCUGUGCAAAACAAUGCUGGUGGCAUGUCCGGCUUGGAGGGUCUAGCUGGCACCCCCGUCCGGGUGCAGUCCCCUGCAGUUGGAGCCCCGGCCCCUUCAGGCAACAACAACCUGGACGACUUGUUGGGAGUGUUCGGUGAUUCAGGAGCAUCACAGCCCUCAUCGAGUGGUGCUAAUGGUAGCGGAGCUGCUGGUGAUUUGAUGAAUGGGUUCUCUGGCCUCGAUCUGUCCGGUACCACCUCUCCGGCGAAUGACAACCAGAAGAAGACCAAUGAAGACAUCUUGUCUCUCUUCUAG